CCGUUAUCCCCAUCCAACGUCCAUCUUCUGCCAAUAAUAUUGUAGAGAUUCGAUUCAGUCGAGAAAUUAUAAAGGCCAAAGUGCGGAAAAAUCAAAGGAAGUUCCGUCGUCAAUCUCGGCGUGCUCCCCCCUCCGGCAAACGUCCUCUUCUCUCUUGUGCCGUGGCACUAAGUCAAGUGAAAUCUUCUUGCGCUUUGACUGCCUCUGCGGAUCGUAAUUUAACCCCCCCCCCCCCAACCUAACUUUUCUGUUCGACGCUUCCCCAUCUUAUAAUCCCCAUUUCCCAUCACUUUCCCGGGAAGAGCAAGGAAAUGGAUAGCUCCGCUCAGGAAUCCCGCCUCAGAUCCGAACACUCCGUCACCUAUGAUUCCCCUUAUCCAAUCUAUGCCAUGGCCUUCUCUUCCGCCCCUUCUCUUGCUUCUCCUCACCAACGAAUCGCAGUGGGUAGCUUCAUUGAAGAUUACAAUAACCGCGUCGAUAUUAUCUCCUUCAACGCCGACUCUCCCUCCCUUCGACCCCAACCUUCCCUCUCUUUCGACCACCCCUACCCGCCUACUAAACUUAUGUUCCACCCCAACGCCCACUCUACUCUUCGAAAGUCCUCCUCCGACCUCCUCGCGACUUCCGGUGACUAUCUUCGCCUCUGGGAGGUUCGGGAAAAUUCCGUCGACACAAUUUCACUUCUUAACAACAGCAAGACCAGCGAGUUCUGUGCCCCCUUGACCUCCUUCGAUUGGAACGACAUCGAACCCAAGAGAAUUGGGACUUCCAGCAUCGACACUACUUGUACGAUUUGGGAUAUCGAAAAGGGGGUUGUCGAAACGCAGUUAAUUGCGCACGAUAAGGAGGUUUAUGAUAUUGCUUGGGGCGAGGCUAGAGUGUUUGCGUCUGUUUCGGCGGAUGGUUCUGUUAGAAUCUUCGACCUGAGGGACAAGGAGCACUCCACGAUUAUAUACGAGAGUCCGCAGCCAGAUACGCCUCUGCUCAGGUUGGCUUGGAAUAAGCAGGACCUGAGGUACAUGGCCACUAUACUGAUGGAUAGCAAUAAGAUUGUGAUAUUGGAUAUUAGAUCACCGACCAUGCCGGUGGCGGAGUUGGAGAGGCAUCGUGCCUGCGUGAAUGCUAUUGCUUGGGCUCCUCAGAGUUCAAGGCAUAUUUGUUCGGCGGGGGAUGACUCGCAGGCCCUUAUUUGGGAGUUGCCUACUGUGGCUGGACCUAAUGGAAUUGAUCCCAUGUCUAUGUAUUCUGCUGCCUCUGAAAUUAAUCAACUGCAAUGGUCUGCUGCUCAGCCUGACUGGAUUGCCAUUGCUUUUGCGAACAAGAUGCAGCUUUUGAAGGUUUGAGAUAUCCUCAUGCGAGUUGGAAGGUAAAGACUCACUUGCAUGACACAGGGCUUCAUGUUUCACUAAGAUUAGAGCUUGCUUUAUAGAAAUUGAUCUUGAUUGGGAAGGUAUGUUUUGGUUCUAAAACGAUGGCCUUUUUAUGUGUUAAUAUAUGGUUAUUGGGCUGGUAAUAGGAUUCUGGACUACUGAAUUUUUCUUGGAUUAUGUUAUAGCAUAGAGUAGCUGUGAUUGUUCCCUCGCCUCCCAUUUUGUAUUCUAUGUACCUGUUUCUUCGACAUUCAAUAUGUUCAAUUGAGGUGAUAAAAGUAAUGGAACUUCGUAGGAUUUCAGUUCUGUAAUUAUCAAUGCAUAUUGGGAUA